CCUCUGUAGGGAAGAUGAGACAAUUAGGCUUUCUCGCCUGAGGGCCACGAGGAGCCAGAUUAUUUUGAGUGAGGAUGAUUAGUCAGGCAGGUGUCCGUGCUUUCUUAAGUAAUGGUCAUUAGGCGUGAUUCAGAGCUCCUGUUGUUCUGGCCACUACUUAAGGCUUUCCACCCGGGGGGACGCUUCGGCGCUUGCUCACCUGUCCCCGGCAAGCUGCCUGCAGGGCGCCCCAAGGGUCUGUCCGAAUCCCGUGUGAACCUUCCCGCCUCAAACCCUAGCAGUACAGAUUCCAUUUCAGGUAUGAAUUCUGCCCACACUGGUUCUAACUGACCUACUUUAGCCUCACCUUCUCUUUUGUCUCCACCCUGUUGAACAAGACAGCAGCUACCCAGGGAUAGUGAAGUCUCCAGCUGGAUGAUUCAUCCCACCACUUAAAACCUCAAAACGUUGGCCCACACAGUCUUACUGGCCUUGCCUCAUUUUAGGAUUUGGAUUUCAGGUAGAAGCCGCCACUAAAGAUGUCCAGCAAAGCUGCGAGCACCAACAGCACGGCCCAGGCGCGAAGGACCGUGCAGCAGCUGAGGCUGGAAGCCUCCAUCGAGAGGAUCAAGGUUUCGAAAGCAUCAGCGGACCUCAUGUCAUACUGUGAGGAACACGCCAGGAGUGACCCUUUGCUGAUAGGGAUACCAACUUCAGAAAACCCUUUCAAGGAUAAAAAAACUUGCACCAUCUUAUAAUGGAAGGGUGACACGCUUCCUCGCCUCUUCUCCACAAAGCCAAGGACGAGAAGCUCCUUGAAGAGAUUUACCUUCAGCUUAUUUGGUAACCACUGCUCAUAACUAAAAUGCUCUUAACUUGGAACAAUGGACUCUGAGGUCUUUAUUUUCCAAGUUGCUCUUCAUUUAAAAUGCCCUAUACACAAUAACAAUCUUGUUUUCCAUUUGUUAACUGUGGUGUUAUGUUGGGUUACUGUUUAAGGAAAGUUGAUCUGGGCCUGUUUUAAAACACACACUUUAAAUAUACAGUUGGUGCAGCUGUGUCAAGACCUAAAUGGCUUAAGCACCUGUCAAAUUAAAAUGCCAAGAAUAACUUAAAUCCUGAAACCCUGUAUCAUAUGUUCCUAAUAAAGUUGUGCCAACCUGUACAGUAUACUAAGGACGGGGGUAUUUUGUGUGUAUAUAAGUCUCUGUGUAUACACAUAGCAAAGCUGGUUGCUUAAAAGUCUUCCCUCUCUGUAAUCCAUCAGUUUCUCAGUUCCAGAAGUUAUCUUUAUCUUGAACUGUGAAUAGAGAAAAUAAAAAUGUCUUUCAUAGUUAGUGUACAAAAAGUAAAGAGCACCCAAAACGUAUUUGUUGUGAUCAAGUAGUACAGUCAUCUGUCCUCUCCUCGAAUCCUGCUGGACCUCUUAGGCUGUGAUGAACUGUGCCAAUUAAAAAUUUUAAACUGAACUGAAAGCCGUUCGGUAAUACAUGGUAUUAAUUCACAAGGAGCCUUUUGGGCAUCAGUGGCAGAAUCAAGGGAAGGGGAGGAGACUGGUGGGAGGAUCCCAUGCAGCUGUGCUCCCAGGCUCAUGUUCCCUACUGGAUUAGGGACAGACACCUGGAAUGUCCACCCGAUGAUUGGAAUGAGGUGAAGUAACAGGAGCCGGCACGAGGAGCAGGAAUGUGUGGUCAGCACAUGCUCCCUCUCUCUGCCUUCAGAUGCUACAGCAUCCCUGUGCAGAAACAGUAACGUUCCCCUCCCCAACCUCAGGUGGGUGGAGAACCGUGGAAAGGAAACCUACAAAAAGUCUAAGACUAUCAAGAUUCUCAGUCUUCUCGGGGGUCUGCAGCUUCAUCCCUGUCUUGUGCAAGACAGGUGCAGUUGGCUGGGGAGAGGUGCAGAUUCUGUGGUGCCCUGCUUGGGGCCCAAAGUGUCCAGCCCAUAGGUAUCUGACUCCUUGAUUUUCCCCAGGGAAUGAAUAUAUCCCUCACAGCCUUGGGGUUUACAGUAGGGGAUCCCAAAAGAAGAAAUUUCCUGUGGCCAAGAGGACAUCUUGACUUUAUCGGAGAGGAAGAGGCUCCUACUUUUAAAUGCUUAAUUAGGGAAGCACAUAAAUGCUAAACCACAUACAAAGCUUUUAAUGUUUUAAUCAUUCUCACUUCACUAAAAAUAAAGGGUUUAACCCAAGAAGGAAUUAUUUACAACAGCUUCCCUAGAUUUAUGCCAUCUGCUCUGCGGCUCAGGCCCCUUUAGGAUCUGAUAUCUGGGCUGUGAGUGGUCCGCCCACUGAGGGUUAACAGGUGCAGCACUGUCUUCAAACUGUUCACAGCAGCAUUCAGGUUCCUCCAAGUCUGUCUUGUCAGCGUGGUGAUUGGCCCUCACUUUCCAAGACCGUGUGAAAAAUCAGGGCACUGCCCUUGACCUGUGUCCUCAGCUCGGUUCUGCACUCUGCCUGGGUUUCAAAAACGUGAUCGAUACCUAUUUGGGGAAAGAUAAAGGUUGUACGUUUCAAAGGGUGAAAUUUGAUAUGUACACUAAGAACUUUACAUUUAUUGCUUCACCUAAUGAGACAUUAUAUUUUUCUACAGAUAGUUUCAAAAUGCUAGCCUUUUCACUGAUUAUCAUGUUUCUUUAAACAUUUAUACUACAGCUUAUUACAAAAGGUUUUCAUGAAAUUCUAUUAUGCUGUUAUCUCCAUGUUGAUAGUAAACGUAGUUUAUUUAGUACUAAAAUAUGCUCUUUAAUAGUAAAUAUGUUUUGCCAUAUGUUAAUUUGCUUGUGGUGGUGAGCAGUAGAUUUGGGGUUCUAAGAUUUUAUUUUCCGGGGUCAGAUAUGAUAAAGGUUAUGUUAUAUGCCGUGUAACUUCCUCACCAGGUAUAGGCCAUGUUCACUUAAAAAAGGAUGCUGGAUCCAAGAGAAGAAAAACUGUAGCUAAAUAUUGAUUUACUUAUAACUAGGCAUCUAUCGAAGAAAAAGUCAGUUUUAUUUAUCAGGCUUUAUUCUAGUUACGAAGCCACAGUUUGUGUCUGCAGCAGCUGGUUUAUGAUGAUAAAUGCCCAGUGUGUGUUUUCCCACCUACCACUACAAUGACUUUCUCAUGCGUACAGGCAACUUCUGGGCUUCAUUUCAUGAACUAUUUAAAUAUGUUCAGAAUACUUUGUCUUUAAUGCUGCUUCUGUUAGCAGUGAUCUUUUCUAUUUUCAUUGUGAUACUUCAUAAAUCUAUCCAGGCCACAGGACCAUGGCAAGAUUUCAUGACUACAAAAUAUUUUACAGAAACACAUUUUUUUAACAGGGAAAUAUUUUAUAUACUGGGUGGUUCACAAGCUAUCGGUUGCAGCUAUUUUUUCUCUAAAAAAAGGUUUUUAAAUUAUU